AUGUUCGGCUCUGUGUUGCUUGUGGCCGCCUUGGCCUUUUCGGCCUCGGCCAUUGACCCUCCACGUCAGCCCCGGCAGCCCCUUGGCAACGGCGACAAGCUUCUCACAUUCAACGACACGGUUCUGUCUCCCAAAUUCGGUUCUAGCUCAAGAUCCGUGCAGUGGAUUGCCACCGGCGAGGAUGGCCAGUACAUCACGAACACUGAUGCCGGCCUGGUUUUUGAGAGCAUCGCCACCGGCAGCAGCGAGACCUUUGUUGCUGCGGACAAGUUCCCGCCCAACACCUACGACUACUCUGUCAGCUCCGACUUGACCAAGGUUCUGUUUGCGGCCGAUUUCGUCAAGCAGUACCGUCACUCGUACUUUGCCAACUACUUCGUCCUCGAUGUCGCCUCGGGUGAGCUCUCACCUGUUGUCCCGGACCAAGCCGGUGACAUUCAGUAUGCCGAGAUUGCUCCUGCCGGCAACGCCAUUGCCUUUGUCCGCGGCAACAACCUCUUUCUCAACAAGAACGGAACCAUUUCACAGAUCACCACUGACGGUGGCCCCGAUAAGUUCCACGGAGUUCCUGACUGGGUCUACGAGGAGGAGAUUUACGGCGACCGCAAGACCCUUUGGUUCUCGCCGGACGGCGAGUACGUUGCCUACCUGAGCUUCGACGAGACUGGAGUUGAGACCUUCACCAUCCCUUACUACAUGGAUGGCCAGAAGUACGCCCCUGUCUACCCUAAGGAGCUAGAGCUUCGCUACCCCAAAGUCGGUACCAAGAACCCCACUGUCGAGUUCACCCUCCUGAGUGUUGCCGAUGGUACAACCAAGACCAUCCCCGUCGAUGCUUUCCCCGCCGAUGACCUCAUCAUCGGUGAGGUUGUCUGGCUGACCAGCAAGCACGCCAGCGUCAUGUACCGCGCCUACAACCGCGUUCAGGAUCUGGAGAAGCUCGUGGUCGUCAACGUGCCCUCUGGCGACUCCUCAGUCAUCCGUGAGCGCGACGGUACCGAUGGCUGGCUGGAGCCCAUGCACGCCGUGCAAUACGUCGGCGGCCUUCGUGGGUCCUGCAACCAGACAUACUAUGUUGAUCUGUCUGACGAGUCCGGCUGGAUGCACCUUUACCUGUACCCCGUCAAGGGUGGCGAGCCCAAGGCGCUGACCUCGGGCGAGUACGAGGUCACUGCCGUUCUCAAGAUCGACACGGCCCGCCAGCUCAUCUACUACCAGUCCACAGAGCACCACAGCACCGAGCGCCACAUCUACUCGGUCUCUUACGCCACGGGCGAGAAGAAGGCUCUUGUCGACGACUCGGUUGCCGCUUACUGGACCGCAUCGUUCUCGUCCAACGCGACCUACUACAUCCUGAGCUACCAGGGUCCCGACGUCCCGUACCAGGAGCUCUACUCGGUCAACUCGACCGAGCCUCUGAGCGUCAUCACCAGCAACAAGGCCCUUUGGGACCGCAUCCAGGAGUACAACCUGCCCAACAUCACCUACUUCGAGCUCGAGCACCCGUCCGGCUUCACCCUGAACGUCAUGCAGCGUCUCCCGGCCAACUUUGAUGCCACCAAGAAGUACCCGACCCUGUUCAUCCCCUAUGGUGGCCCCAACGCUCAGGAGGUCCACAAGCGCUUCGCAUCCCUCAACGGCUGGAAGCCCUACAUCGCCUCGGACCCUGAACUCGAGUACAUCACCUACACGGUCGACAACCGCGGCACCGGCUUCAAGGGCCGUAAGUUCCGCUCGACUGUGACUGCACAGCUCGGCAAGCUCGAGGCCGAAGACCAGACGUGGGCCGCGGAGCAGAUCUCGGAGCGCUUCUCCUUCGUCGACCGCGAGCACAUUGGAAUCAUGGGCUGGUCGUACGGUGGAUACCUGUCGGCCAAGGUGGUCGAGCUCGACUCGGGCGUCUUCAGCCUGGGCAUCAUCGGCGCCCCCGUCACCGACUGGCGCUUCUAUGACACCAUGUACACGGAGCGCUACAUGAAGACGGCCCAGGGCAACCAGGCCGGCUACAACACCACGGCCGUCCGCAACAGCGCCGGCUUCAAGAACAUUGCCGGCGCAUCGUACGUCAUCCACGGCACUGGCGACGACAACGUCCACUACCAGAACACGGCCGCCAUGAUCGACCUCCUGGUCGGCGAGCGCGUCCCGCCCCAGAAGCUCCACUGGCAGGCGCACACCGACAGCGACCACAGCCUCGUCUACAACAACGCCGGUCUGUUCAGGGACAAGACCAUCGUCGGGGCUCUUUUCACUGAGAAGCAGCGUGAGGGCCAGGGAUUGGCGCACCAGUGGAGCCGCAAGAGGUCUACUGAGAAGGCCAAGUUCCACUUCUCCUGA